AUGGCUUCUUCAACCGUUUUGCGAGUAAAACGUAGACUGGAAGAUAAUCCUCAAGAUGCGUUAGUUCUGCUCUGUAAACGCAGAAAGACAGAUGAAGAAGAAAUAUCGCCUUCCUUAUUCGUUUUCCGUGGGAGCGUAGAGAACCAGGAAGCAAAAAAUGUCAUUCAAAUAGUGCCAAAAGACAUAAAAUUAAAGCCAAAAACUGACGUAGACGAUAUUAUAAAAAAGAUUCGUCAGGAGCGCAAGGAAGUGUCUUCAGAGAACCGUUAUGAAGUGGUAAACUGCUGUAGAGGAUUGAAAGAUGAUGCUGUCAACCUAAUAGAUUUGAAACAGCUAGGAGAAGAGUCAGACAAUGUGAAAUAUACAUAUGAUCUAUAUACUGCAAUUAAAGAAGAUUUUGAUAUAUCAAUGCUUGAUAAUUUAGUUAGCAUAGAAAACUACGAGACAGAUUUGAUCCUCGGUACAUAUAGGGAGAAUGGUCAGGACUCCUCCGAUGCAGCAGAUGAUGAUGAUGACUCCAAUGAUGAGAACAACUGGAGAAAUGAUUACCCUGACUCGGAGCCAAGUAGUAUUGACGAAGAUGACAUCAUUGCAGCCAUGGAAAGAUGUGAUUUAGAUGACUUGUCAACUGAAGAUGAGGAUGUAUAUACAGAUCCUCCAGACCUGUUCAAUGAAGAUGUUAAGAAAUAUGGUGCUUCAUAUGCUAAAUAUAAAGCAAAAGUAUUGGCCGAAGAAAACACAAUGAAUGACAGCAAAAAGCUCAUACAUUCCACGAAAAUAAAGGAGUUGGACGAAGAAAGUAUAGAUGGUUAUAAGGAUGACAGCGAUGACGGUUUUUACUACGGUCAGGAGGAAGACACUGAACAGUUUUGCGAGCAAUAUACUUUGGAUGAUGUUUAUAAUCCAGAUUGA